UUGGGCGGUUCAGGCACCGUACGAUCGCGGUCCCUGUCCCCGGUACGUAACUCGCUCACACAGACCACGCCAGCGUUCAAGCAGGAUGGAACGAAUGGCGAUGUCCGGCCCGACCACGCCAACGCCGGUCUCCAGGGUGCCCGCCCCAAGGCCACCAUCAACAAACGUAACCACGGUGGAAGCAGUCCAGGCAGCGGUAAUGUUCCGUCCCACAGCCCCAAGCUGUCAGGUGUCAAUGGUAACAAA